CGAGGUGAAGCGAGAGGGAGACGAACAAGGCCACCACCACCACCAGCAGCAUUACGAUGUAGAGGAGCGGGGUAAGCGCUACAUACGAGGCGCGCCCGUCUUUGCACACCGCAUGACCCCUGAAGUGAAUUAUGAUGAAGACGCGAUUCCUCGCGCCUUGCCGCUCUUGUCGCCUCCAAACUCGUCGUCGGAACCGCGCCCGCCUGACGCUUUCGAUGAAGUUGCUGACGCUGGGGUCGACGAGUGUGGAUGGCGCAACCCCUCUUCGAGCCUCUCACUUGAAGGCAUGUUGGACGAAAUUAGUCAACGCUGUGGUAGUCUGGUCAACGACUCGAGCCUGCCUCUGUCGACAUUGCUGCAACGCCACGCCGCGGGGCUGUCAUCGUCAGCACUAUCACCGGACCGCGGUAACGUCUCCGAGCGGGCGGCGCCGCCAAGUGCUUACUCGACUCCAUACAACAGCCCCGCGGCCGCCGCCGGUCGCCUACACGCGACGAUGAGGGGUGAGGCGGCCGCGUCGCUCUCGCCAGAAGAUGUCGGUGAGACGGCGUCUGGCGGUGUAGCACAGCACCCACAUGUACGGCAGUUACGCUUUGGACGUGAUGUCGUGUGGUCACCGGUUCAAUUACUCCCAAACCGUCGAAAGAAAAGGGGUGAUUGAGAAGGGGGCGGUGGGGCCGUCGACGCUGAACACCUGCCGCUGCCAACAUGCGUUGGUUAUCACUCGACACUCUGUGCGAAGCCGACCAGCGAGGGGGUGGACGACGAAAACCACGCGGUAAGCACACAGGCAGUGCCACGGCGGGCCACGACGGCUCGCGCGACCCGCUCCCCGCCUCACCGGCCAGCACUGGGGACCUCGCCCCGCAGAGUCAGCAGCCCGCAACCCAAGACGACGAGCAGAGACGACGACGACGAUUUGUAGACGGGGAGCUACAAAAAAUUUAUUUCGAUUUAAACAACCCUACCGCGUUUGCCUCUCGUGAAGAUGUUAAAAGAGCAGCGCAGAUGCACGGUAUCACCCCCGCUGAGACUUUCGAGUGGUUAUCGAGUCAAGAAGUCUACACACGUUACAAGCCUGCUCGGAAAAAAUUCCCGCUUAAUUUUUAUAAUAUUAAAGGACUAUAUGAUGUAUAUGAAAUCGAUCUUAACGAUAUGCGUAAACUGGCUGAAUAUAAUGAUGGUUAUAACUACAUUCUAACAAUGGUCUGCUGUCUUAGUCGCUAUGUGUGGGCAUUCCCUCUCAAAACUAAAACGGCUAAAGAGGUGGCGGGCGUGUUAGACAGGCAUUUUACGUCUGCACGUCCAGUUCGUCUUAUUCAAAGUGACAAGGGAAAAGAAUUCGUAAACAGACAAUUAGCAGCUGUAUUCAACAAAUACGGCAUACAGUUUCGCACACUCGAGAACCGCGGCAAGGCAGCGAUGGUUGAAAUUGUAAACAGAUCAUUAAAGACCCCACUUUGGAAGUACUUUGAGCACACAAACAGUUGGCGUUGGCUGGAAGCCCUCCCACAAAUUGUAUUCAAUUACAACCACAGAAUUCAUCGUACGACUGGGAUGCGUCCUGCUGAUGUAACCCAAAAGGAUGUCUUUAAAAUUUGGUCCAAAAUAUACUUGAGCCACACCGCCCCACAGCUGUUGAGCGGGUGGGAGACUGCGCCUGCCACCGUGCCUACCAGCGCUCGGCACUCGCGACGACGGCGCGGCGCUGCUGCCAAGCCCUUACGCACACACACUCCACCCAGUUUUACACCAGGCGAAUUCGUUCGCAUUUCUUUAACAAAAGAACUGACUGAGAAGGGGUUUACCGCAAAAUUCUCGAGGCCUGUGUAUAUUAUAAAAGACAUCGUGAAUUUCAGCCCAUUUCCUAUGUAUACUCUGACGGAUGUACAACACGAGCCCCUGCGAGGACGGUUCUACGGGCACGAGCUGCAACGGGUCACACCUCCAGCAGCCGACACGACAUACCGUAUCGAACGAAUUUUGGAUCGGAGAAGACGGAAGGGGGUAGGCUUGGAGUAUUUGGUGAGGUGGCAAGAUUACUCCUCAGAUUUCGAUUCUUGGGUCUCCGCUAAAGACUUGCAAGAUUUAUAAAACCCCAUAUUUAUUGUGUAUUUUUAUUAUUUUACAAAAGUAUGUACGUAUAUUUGUGUAGUGAUAGCUCAAAAGGCUACUAUAAGGAGAAUACAAUAGCACACUUUUCCUCACACCUGAGUGAAAUUAUAUGCACGAGCGAUAGCGGAAAGUUGUACGAAGCGGGUCUAGUAGAAUUGCACUUGCCUCCUAGAACCGAAUUUGACGUCUCGUUGUCUCCGAUUUUUAUGUAUACAGAUAUCAUCCAGCCUCAAGUUGUAAGUGACUCGUCGACGCGUCUGAUGCGGGUUCUAUCUCCCUAUAACCCCUCUGGGCAUUACCAAUUCAACUCUAUUUUUUAUUUUCCGGUUGUAAAACAGAAUAUAUCCAGUAUAACAAUAUCCUUCCGAACAAAAACGGGUGAGCGGUAUCCAUUCCCCGGUGGCGUCCAACCCUCCAUAGCUGUUUUAGACAUUAAAGAACAAAAAUGAGUAAUAAUUUCACUUUAUUUUUUAUUUUUUGGUUUUAGAUCAUAUAUAAAGCGGGUAACGUUUACGUUUGUGUUUAGUAUUAAUCAACAUGCUGGAGGCGUACCAAGACCAUUUCUCGAGACAAACGGGCCUCGGUGCCGGUGGCGGGGGUAAACCCACCGACAUAGGGGCGGUGUACCGCGCGAGUUUCAUACGCCAAAACGGCCGCGGCGGCCUGUGCUGUGGACUUAGCGGACGCCAUAUUACGAGCUUUGCUACGCCUCUCAUUGCUAAGGGUGUUCGUGCUGUAGCCGAGGAGGCAGCAGGAGCGGGUUUUGGUUUAUAUCAUGAUUUGACACGACCCGAUCGUUCAAACUCGCUCCAGUACGUUCGCGAUGCAGCUGUGUCCCGCCUCUCGCAGGCAGGGCGUAACCUGAAACGUCGGGCGCGCGUGGCACUGACGGGUCGCGGUGUUAAACGACCCCGCAAAACAAAACCGAAAAAAGCUAAGAAGAAAAAGUCUUCUCCAAAAAAGAAGAAAAAAUCUGGUAUAAAACCGAAGCGGCCUCAAGCUGCAAAACAGAAGAAGACCAAUCGCCCACGGAAGCAGACCGGGCACGGAGCAACAAGCACGUUUCCGUCGGACAUUUUUUCAUAAUCAAACAUGGAUUCAGCCCCCGCAACAAUCGUUAUGCCAGGUGAACUUGAUAUAUUUUCACCAGAAAAUUUACAGAAUGCUAUAUUGCACCAGGAGAAAAGUCUUUUAAAGCCCAUCAGUGUAAUUUCCUACCCUCUGACUACGCUCGAAUUUCAUUCUCGUGCGACUAAUGAUCGUUAUAGACGACUAGAUGAAACGUUUUUAGAUAUGGAGGUUUGUCUCCGCUCAGAAGACGGAGCUGCACCGAUAGUAGAGCAAGAUGUUGCUUGCAUUUCAAACUUACUGUACAGUUUGUUUCAAACUUGUGAAAUUUAUUUCAAUGAAAAAUUAGUCGUUCGCAUUGACAACUUUGGGUAUUACUCUUAUAUUAAUACACUGCUAAGUUUUUCAAAGCAAGCAGCAGAUACGUUUUUACAGUCCGCCAUGUUCUUUCCCGAUAGUCCUGCAUUUUUUGAGACGGCUGGGGAGAACAAUAAAGGUUUUACACACCGGAAAAACCUUUUAUCGGGAGGCAAACCUUGUCAUUUGUUUGGUAAGCUCAGGUGCGGUCUCUUUAACCAACCUCUUUUAAUACCACAGGGGAUUGACCUCAGGGUGAAGUUGUCCUUUGCGAAUGAAAAUUUCUAUAUGUGGGAGGCAGAUGGCGCUACAAGUCUAAAAUUACAUGUGACUGAUGCAACGCUGCAACUCCAAAACGUAGCUGUAUCUCCCUCUCUUCUUCUCUCCCACGCUCGCGUCUUCAGUCAAGCAAAUGCUCAUUUUCCCCACAAGCGGGUGGAGACUAAGUGCUUCACCACCCCGACAGGCGGGCGUAACAUCCACUUGAACUCAGUCUGCACGGGGCCCAUCCCGUCUUUUAUUUGUUUGGCUAUGAUUGAAAAUUCAGUUUUUAACGGAAAUAGGAAAAAAAAUAGUUUCACUUUUCUUCACAAGUCUGCAACAUCCAUUUCAGCUUUUGUAAAUUCUCAUGAAUAUAAAAUCGGUCCUAUGGAUUUUCACUCUACACACCCAAAUUUUCUCAAAUCCUAUUAUCAGAGUUUGAUUUCUGCUACGGGAGCCGACAAGCGCCCGUCUCCUCAUAUGAUAACCCCAGAGGCCUAUCAACACGGGUGUUUCCUGGCAUGCUUCGAUACGUCAAUUGACGGGAUGGGCGGACCGUAUUCAAGCAUUCCUAACGCAGGUACGACGAGGCUAGAAAUAAAUUUUAGUAAACCUUUAGAUACAUCUCUGACUUGCCUCGUAUUGCUCGAGUUUGAUUCGGUCCUAACGAUUGAUGGUAGUAGGAAUAUUUCAAUCUAUUAGCAUGGAUACAUUUGAUAUAGAAAAUAUUUUACGUGUAAAUACUAGUACUAAGCGGUAUUUUAUUGGGGUUUUCGCCGCCAAUCGGCUGCCUCUCGCUCCCCUAGCGAGACCUGCUGUACUUAUAGCAAACCAUGAUACCGACCGUUAUGGUGGCUCACACUGGGUAGCGAUGUUCCUACCUGCACAUGUGCAAGGUGUGCAUCUGUUCGAUAGCCUCGGGGAAUAUACUUCUAAUCCAUAUUUUAUAAGAUUCAUCGCUGUAAAUGGAGGGCUUUUGAGCUAUAGCAGACAGCGUAUCCAGAGUUACACGUCAGAUGUGUGUGGAGAAUAUUGUUGUGUUUUUGUGUACUUUUGCUGCGCCCCAGGCGGCUUGUUCAAUUAUUUCAAAAGAAACUUUACAUCGGAUUGUGAGUUAAAUGAUGCUCUCGUUGUAAAAAUGUUCAACCAAAUAUAUACAUGUAAGGCUCACUUUAAGCGACCCUCGUUGCGGGCUGUGCACGCCCAGACGUGUACAUCGCACUGUCACGCGGGCCCGCGGCGGGGUUGCCCGGCCGCUAAGGCCCUGCCUAGCGCUCCCCAGUAGCCCACCUCGCUAUUCUGCUGGGGUAAACAAAAUGACCCCAGCAAAGCCGCCCAUAAAUACGGUGGGCACGCCGGGGCUGUCACUUGCUCCUCCAUCGUCAGCCGAACAGCACAGCCCCGUUCGUGUCGCUCCGCACCGCUCGCCGCCCUGCUCGUCACUCUCGCUAAGUGUUGUAUCUGUGUUGGUGUGGUUGUACGGUCUCGCUUCGUGUCGCUGCAAGCCGUCCUGCUUCCCACCAUCCUCAGCGUGCGCGCUAUUGCUCAACUAAGACACGUGCUACUCCUCGUAGUUUCAACUUCAAGGUGGAUCCUACGUUCUGGACUUUUGAGAAUCUUAGAGAGAUUGCUAUCAAGAUGGCACAGGAAAACCCCGUACAGUUUAACGCGGUUGUUGAUGCGCUGAACGGCAUAGCCGUUGCGCCCGAAUUCACGAGUAUCCGAGACUUGAUGCUGAACGUGAAUUACGAGGUGCGGCUGGCACAGAGGAUCGCUACACAGUACGGUUCGAAGGUAAAGCUAGAACUACUGUUACCAGGCGGCGGUGGGGAGGCCAUUUUCAUUGUUCUACCUACACGUCUGGCAAGAAUGUCAGAUGAACAGUUGGAGGGUAUGAAUACGAUGGCAUCAGCAGGGUGCCCUUUGUUUUUUUUGUAUAAGGGGAUGAAAGGCCCUGCCUUUGAUGUAUGUUUCUCAUCAACCUGAUAAAUAAAUAAAUCAUUAGUUAAAAUGGGUAUA